AUGGAAGGAAUUGUGUACUUCAGUGAUUUGAUUCGCACUCAAUUCCAGGGAUUCAUGUCGAAAAUGCUGCUUAUUGAUCCAGACUGGCAGCACAAAGAUAAGGAGUUGCCCUCGAGAUUUGUGGUGAAGAUUCUCACUCAACUUGUGAUGCAGAAAAUGGGCGCUGAGAUGAACGAAAUACAUAACAUUGAAACCACAUUCGGUGAUCCAAAGUUCAUGGAACAGUUCGAAGCGAUGGCAAAGAGAGUGAGUUUAACAAAGUUAUAG